GAAGUCGACCGCUCCAAUAUGGCGAAUCUAUUGACGUGCCUGGCUGAACUGGACGCGCGCACACACACCCACACCAUGACCAGCAUAGCAGAGCCUGAAGCACACGGUAUAAAUUAAGAAAGCUCCAGUAUCACAGUGUGCCAGCGCGGACUCCUUAAUAGCUGUCUAAUAUUCUUGUUUUAUUCCCCUCUCUGUUUCGUUUAAGUUUUCUCUUGCGAACACCUGCUUUUCCCGUACGGUAUUUCAACUUUUUCGGCAUAAAACCGCAUGAACUUCACCGUAGAGCUUCUCGCCGCACACAAAAUAUAUUUCUACGUAUAUGUAUAGCUGCGCAAGACGUCAGUCAGUGUGACGUAACCGGAAGUGGGUUAACACCACACGUCUAUGGGGACUCCGAGGAAGAAGGUGAAAGGUGCAGUGGCUGUGGAAACAGACACAUGACUAUAAACCGUUACAAAGAGAAGCUGUCUGAGAUCUUCUAGAAAUAAGAAUAUAAACAUGAAGAAGUGACCCCAGCAGAGAUGAGUAAUAACAAGUGAUGUUUGAGGUGCUGUGCUCAGUGGCAUUGUCACCUCAGAGAUACUGUGCUGCUUAAUGGUUACUGUUGUGGAGGUGUGCUUUGGACUUGAAGGCACACAUAAAGAAAGUGGAGCAGAGGCCCUGCACAUGAAGUCCCUAUCAAUAAACAGCUCAGCAGACCUCCCAUAACUGACUCUCUUAGCCAACUGGAGUGAAGAAAACAACUUAUGCAUAUAUUUUGUAUUAUGCAGAAUGACAGAGCUCCAAGUGUUGUAGUAGUAGUAGUAGUAGAAGAAGUGCAGAGUCUAUCAAGGUAUAAGAUCCUCCAAACUUGUUGGACACAAGAGCAAAGACUAGGCCUGCUACUGGUUGCCAUUGGUUUUCAUUUAUUGUUGAUAACUGGACAUGCUGGCUAUUUUCAGUAAAUACUUACUUAUUCAGUGUCUUUUGAGUCAUAUAUUCUCUCUAUGGGCUACUUGGGGUGGGCUGCCAAGGAGACUACAGCAUUAAAGUGUAAGCACCCCCUGUAUAAUACAACAAGGAAGGGGAGGAAUCUCACAAUAAACAGAAGUCUUCUCUCCAGGUAUGCCAUGGAGAACAAAAGAAAUGUGGCCAUUAAGGAAGAAGACUGUAAGUGGGAAUCCGUGCAACAUAAGAUGAUGAAUUAUGGCACUGAGGAAGAAGAGGAUUGUAAAUGGGAGCAAGUAGUUUUUAAAGAAGAGUCUGAGCAAACUUAUGAGGCUACCGAACAGCAAAACAGUGAAACUGUAAACCAUAUCAAGGCAGAGAACUUUAAACCAGAGUCUGCCACUAAGUCUGUCCAUUUAGAUGAGAAAGUGACUGGGACAGACUGCACAAAAGGUGGACCCGGUUUCCCCCAGAGUCAUUCUGUCCAGGUGAAGACUGAAAUUUUGGAUUCUGAGAAGGCACUUUGUUCAAGGUAUUCAGGAGAAGAUUUACAACAAAGUGGUACAGUCUCCUCGACUUUAUUUACCCAGACCUCUGCUCUCUGUAAGCCCCAGAAAAAUGAAGAAAUGAACAACUUCACAGUAGGAUCAGAUGUUCUGAUACUGACUUCGUCAUGUAGUUCAGCAGCUCUGUAUUCUUAUGAAGAUCAGCUGAAAAUAGCUGAACAAAAAUCCAUGACCAAACAAAAGAGGAGUGAUAAAAUACAGAGGCCAUACUGUUCUGGAUGUGGCAAAUUAUUCUCUAGCAAUAAUAAUAAUAAUAAUAAAUAAUAGCAGUCUGC